AUGCUUAGAGGCACGACUGGGGAAAGAAAGCACAAGUUAGAAUCAUAUUCCAGGCGAAAGCGCAUAAUUCUGGUGCUAUGCAAAUUUCCCUGCCGGCAUUCGUACGAUGGCUUCAGCGACCCAAUAAAUUCAAGCAGCCAUUUAAACUGUUGUACGGAAACCACUCGUCUGCCAGUCGUUUAUGAUAAAGAUGGCGAUCUUAUUAUCGAUGCUAAGCAACCAGCGCAUGACAAGAAUCUCACACAAUAUGUGACCUCCGCCGACGUAAUGCUGCUUACCUGCUUGUGGAACCACUUGACAAAGAUUCCUGCUGGGCAGUUCCAUCGCGAAAAUGAUCAAUACCGACACUGGUUAGACCAAGCAUCGAAAAGUACCAAGAAAACUCCGUUGACGAAACAGUGGAAUGUGAUACUUCUAAAAGAUUUAUUUGCUGAGCUUCAGGAGCGUACAGUGAUCUUAUGCUACAAUAUCGAAAACAUGUCCGUCGAGCAGUCUAAAAAGCCGAUAACAAAUAGUUGUCUGAGUACGUCUCUAACGUACCAGUGUUUCACAAACUAUUUGUUUGUCCCGACUGAUACCUUACGAUUUUGCAACCUCCAAGUUAUCAGUAUGGAUGUAAAAGAUCAAAUAGAGGCAAAAAUCUUUUGCUUAUAUUUCGAAGCCAUGGAGAUAUGCCAGCGCCGAGUUGACGAACUGCCCGUACAGCAAGGGCGCCAUCACCUGGAGCUGGAAAGACGGCUACACUCUGUCACACUUGUCUACAAGAAAUUGUGGGCGGCAGAAUUCAGCAGCAAGCUGCGCAAUGGAUUUGCAGCACUUGAAAAACACGACUAA